CUACAUUUAUAUCCAAUAAAACGAGAAAUAUAGAUCAUAUUGAAAAAAGUAAAACCAAUUCUGAUAUUGAAAUUGAAGCAGAUGUUGAUAACUACCAAAAAGCAAGCAGUUCAAGUUCUCUGAAAAAUGCAAGUGACAACUUAUGUGAGAUAAAUAUGGCAUAUAACACAAAAGCAAGCAGUUCAAGUUCUCUGAAAAAUGCAAGUGACAACUUAUGUGAGAUAAAUAAGGCAUAUAACACAAGUCAGGCUACAGAAGACAAAAAUUUCAAAACCUUUGUUGUUAAAAGUUUAAUAGAUAUCACUAAUCGAGUGAAAAGAUGCGAGUGUUUAUUGAAAAAAAAGCAGGACAAUUCUGAGCAAUUGGAAAAUCAGGUUUAUGAUACUGAGAACAAAAUCUUAGAUGAAAAAUUUCCCAUGCAAAAUCUUGAUGAUGUAAAAAAUAUUGAACAGCAAUUAAAACAUGAUGAAAAAUUUAGAGAUAAAGUUAAAUCGGCACUUUAUUUCUACUCACAAACUACUAUGAAAAAACUGUGACAAAGUUUAUGAAAAUAUUAUUUGUGGAUGAAGUAGCUGCAAAAUUUAGUUGGACUGGACAAAAAGAAAAUAAACAGAAAUUUGAAACAUUGUUUUUAUGGAAAAUUAUAUUUGGUUGUAAGAAGUAAAUUUAAAGACGUCAGUGAAGGGGAUGUAAGCGCAUCUCUUAAAAUUUGGUUGUCUCACGCACAAGAUCGACUAAAAAGAAAAACAAGAUUAAUUAAAAUUAUUUUUUACAAAUGUAACUUUAUAUUUAAUUUAGAACUUAUGUUACUUACAAAAAAAGACUAUAUGUUUGACAGUGUUUUAUUUUAUAAAUAUUUUAU